AUGAAAGUUAAUGGAGACGGGGUAGAGAAGCACGAAAUCGAAGUGACAGAGAAGGGAGAUGUAAAUGAUGUCUUGAAAGAAAUACUAACAGAGUCGAAACGGCAAGAGGAAGUUGCUGCGCUCAUGUCUCAGCCAAAAGUUGAAGAUGUAGGCCCUGACGACAUACAGGCUGAAAUUGUAGAUACCCCUCCACAAGAAAGUGGGGAAGGUCAACAACAGGCCUUCUUGUCAGAGCAGGCUACAAUCGAAGCCUUGUUGGGGGCACGAGAAGAGCCGGAGGAUUUGAUGGAAGACGUGUCCCAGGAGGUAACAGGCAGUGAGGAGGUCUCCACACCUGGGGAGGCAGACUUGGAGGACUCCGUGCAGGACGCAGAAAUCACGGAAACCUCGGAUUUCGAGUUUGUGCCGGGUGAGGAGAUGGAGGAAGAAGAAGCACCAAAGAGUCCACGGCAGGAUGAGGUCAAUGCAGAGGCAGCAGCAGCUCCAGAAGUUACAGAACAAAAGGAAGAUCAUGGCGAUCUACCACCGAGUAAAGAGCCAAUGCUAGUCAUGGAAGUAGAAGAGAGGGAAACCAUGGAGGUAACCGAGGUGCUGCCAACCGCUGAACAGCCUGUUGAAGACGUAGGUGUUACAGAAGGUCAACAGACGCCGCCGGCUGUGUAUGAUCCCUUUAAUGAGCUAGCAGAGCAAGACCCUCUCAUCGAGGAAGGGUUACCACCAGAACUGAUGGAGCCAUCCGUACAAACAGGCCCUCCUCCAACUGGGUUCCAGGAUGCUGACUUCUUCUCAGAUCUGGCAGUGAAGGAGCCUGAGGCAGAGAUGCCACAGGAGGUUCCUGAGAGCCAAGGGGGUACCUCGGAGGUGGGGCCCCCUCCUCAGGAAGGUCCCUGGGGGGAGCCGGUAGCGGCAGCGGCACCUACUGAUGACAUCUGGGGGUUUGGUGUGCAGGGUAUGGCCACAGCUGACAAGGUGGACACAGACACAGCCAGAAUGCCCGAGGCCUCCACGUGGGACAGGGACUUCCAACAGCGCGGCAUGCAGAGCUUUGCUUUCUCUGAGCAGGAGAGACCGCCACAGGCGCAGGGCUGGGACGCAGUUUUCCCCAGCGACGACCCACCGCUGGAACCCCUGAUGGCACCACACCAGGCUCCCAUCCUGGAGGAAGGUGCGGAUGUGGCAGCUGUGGCAGGAGAACCCCAGCCGUUUGACGCAGUGUUCCCGCCAGACGAGCAACCCCCUGUCCCAAUGGCUGACAUCAGAGAGCCGACAAUACCAGAGGAAGGGGAGAGCACUUCUGAAGAAACUCCCACAGAAUCUGAACCAAGCCAGGCAGAACAACAACCAGAGGAGUCGGAGGGACCCGCCAGUGUGCCUGACUCACCUUCAUCAGACAUCCCGGCGAUCACCGUGUCUGAGGUACCAAAGGUGGAGCCAGACGACGAGUUCCUAGUUAGCGUAGAAACUGCCAGUACAGGAGACAUAGAGACAGUCGCCAUGGAAGCUGAGGUGCCUGAGGCGGCACCCAACGAUAUCACUGAUGAACAAAUUGUUGCACCCCCGGACGUCAUUGCUGAUCAAGUCCAGGUCGAGGAGGCACGCCAGGCAGAGCAGGUCGCUCAGAUGGCGGCCAUGGCAGCGCAGCAGAAGUGGAUGGAAGAUGUAGAGCAGGUCGUCGUGGAAACGGGCAGGCUGGAGCAGGAAGUGGAGCAGAUCGCCACGGAUACGGCCAAGGCCACAGAAAUGGUGGAAGAGGCGAUGGAAAGUGUUGUGGAAGAGGAGACGAGAGUUGAGGCCGCCCAGGUAGCAACUGAGGUGUUAGAGAGAGCAGAAGACAAGGCCGGUGGGACAGAGGUUACAGCGGAGGCACCACCUGUACAAGUCGGUGUGGAAGCGGAGGAGAAAGUGCCUGAGCCAGAAGCUAUGCAAGUGGAAGCUGCUGUGCCUGUAGAGCCUGUGGUUAAAGAAGAGGUGAAAGAAGAAGCUCCAAAGGCAGAACCUGUUGCUGAAGCAAAGCCUCCUGCGGAACCAAAGGCAGAAGAGAAGGUAAAGAAAGCCAAGCCUGCAGCGGGGGCAGCAGCCAAAGCCAAGACCACCGACAAGGCUGCGCCGAAGGGUAGACUUACAGGGAAAACUGAUGCUGCAAAGCCUGCUGGGAAGGACGUCACCAAGCGACCCACCCCGCCAUCAUCUGUGUCAAAAGAAGCCCCUCCAGCCAAGAAGAAAGUUGGUGCUGUUGGGACGACUAAAACUUCGAAGCCUGCAGAACCAGCAAAAAAGCCGUCAGCUGUCUCGGAACCAAAAACCAAGAAGCCCACCAGGCCUACAACAGCUCCCUCUGCCAAGCCCACAAGUACUGCAGCCAGUAGAGCAGCAAAGCCUGCCAGUGCUCCAGCAAAGACGACAAAGGCGCCACCUAGUGGUGCAGUGCCCAAAACAAAAACAGACCGCAAACCUGGUGCAGCCCGUCCCAAACCUUUGGCAAAGGCUGCAGCAGCAGGGAGCAGUGCUGAGGAGCAAGCGUCGGUGGAUUCAGUUGAAGUUGCUGUAGAUGCAGCUGCAGCUCUUGGCGACCAGGUGACCCCGAAGCCUGCAGCCGCUGCUGCAAAGAAGCCUGCAGAGAAGAAGGCUGCCGUCCCGCCAAGGACCAGACCUGCGAGUGCUGCAGCACCGAAGGCAGAGCCAAAAACAACUGCCAAGAAGCCAGCCAGCACCCUGGGAACAAGAACAGCUGCUGCCAAAACUGGUGCAGCUGCAAGACCCUCAUCAGCUACAGCAGCUGCAGCAAAGAAGGAACCAGCAAAGAAGCCAGACGCAACCACAAGGCUCGCAUCUGCCAAAACAGCUACUGCUGAGAAGAAGCCUGGUCUGCAGCUAGGAAGGUGGGUACCACAGGUGCUGCAGGAAAAGCAGACACCAAAGCAACACCAAGGGCACAGUCCGCAGCCGCAGCCAAGUCAGCUGCAGAGAAGAAGACACCAGCUACACCUGCGAGGGCAAAGUCUGCACCCGUAG